UAGUACCACUGUUCGCCGUAAACGUGUGUGUGGUUUUGACAUUUCGAACAUGUGGAUUGUUGAUUCCAUUCCGUUCAACGUUAAAAUGUGUUUUUGCCGUGUUGAAAACCCAUGAAACUGCUACACACAACAUUGACUGAGCGAAAAGAAUAAUAAAAAUUAGUUUAUACAUAAUCAGUGUCAAUUAUGGCCGAUAUUGAAAGCGAUAAAAAGAAGGAGCACCGAAAAAAGCAAUCCGGUGUGAGUGCUGACAAGAAGAAAGCAAAAACGAAACAAAAGGAUGAUACGCUCAGCGCUCGACAACGAAAUCCAAAGGCGUUUGCCAUCCAAUCAGUGGUUCGAGCUGAGCGUAAUUUUCGGCGCGGUGAAGAUUUAACAGCCAAAAAGCAGCACAUACCGAUAGUCGAUAAAACGUCCAAUGAUGUACCGCCAAUUUUGAUUGCCGUUGUUGGUCCACCAAAAGUGGGCAAAACCACAUUGAUCAACAACUUGAUUCGCAGCUUUACCCGUACAAAUGUGACAAACAUUGAAGGCCCGAUUACGAUUGUAACGUCGAAAAAACGUCGCAUCACAUUGAUUGAAUGUAAAAACGACAUAAACGCCAUGAUUGAUAUCGCCAAAUGUGCCGAUCUGGUGCUGCUGAUGAUUGAUGCUUCGUUCGGUUUUGAGAUGGAAAUCUUCGAAUUUUUGAACAUUUGCCAAGUGCAUGGAAUGCCAAAAAUUAUGGGUAUUUUAACACAUUUGGAUGCAAUAAAGAAUGCAAAAUCAUUGAAACGACGCAAGAAAGAAUUGAAACAUCGUUUUUGGACCGAAGUAUUUGAUGGCGCUAAAUUGUUUUAUCUAUCGGGCAUAUUGCAUGGUGAAUAUUUGCGGAAUGAAGUGAAAAACCUCAGCCGAUUUAUAUCGGUAAUGAAAUUCAGACCGCUCACUUGGCGCGGAACACACAGUUACAUUUUGGCCGAUCGGAUGGAAGACAUCACCAAUACGGAAGAGAUCCGUUUGAAUCCAAAAUGCAAUCGAGAAAUUAUUCUCUAUGGAUAUGUUCGUGGUGUGCCAAUGGUGAAAGAAAAUAUGGUUCACAUUGCUGGUUUGGGUGAUAUGCGGGUGCAUGAGAUGAGCACAUUGCCAGAUCCAUGUCCACUACCAACCGGUGAAAAGAAACGAAACCUAAUGGAAAAGGAACGUUUGUUGUACGCUCCAAUGUCUGGCGUUGGAGGCAUUGUCUACGACAAAGAUGCCGUUUACAUUGAACUGCAGGGAUCACACAGUCAUAAAAAAGAAGUUAACACCGAACAAGAGGAAAUUGUUCAGGACUUGAUUGGAAAGAAAGAAACGUUCGAUACGCAAAUCGAAAGCCAAGAAUUCCGUCUGUUCAGUGAUGGUGCUGUUAUAAAAUCCAAGGAAUUUCAAGACGACUUCAGACCAGAGUCCGAUGAUGAUGAUGAAUCAGAAAGCGAGCAAGAGAGUGACGAUGAUUCUGGAGUGGAUGAGGAGGAUAGCGAUGGCGAACAGAAUGGCUUGGGAUGGAAAGGCGAUAGCGAUGGUGAAGAUGACCCAAAUGAAAAUGAUGCAAGUUCAGACGAUGAUGAGUAUCAACUGUCCGGAAAUGUGGAGAAAGGCUCGGAAAAUGGAAGUGACAACGAUGAAGAUGGCGACGAUGACGAACAGAUGGAUGCCAUGGAGAAUGGUUUGAACUGGAGAGACAAUUUGGCGCAAAAGGCUCGUGCCGCCUACUUGGAACGACAAUCGAAUACACAAAAUCUUAUGAAGAUUGUUUAUGGUGCCAUAAAUGCGGAAAAGCGGAGAGAGCGUGAACAGAACGAGGAUAGUGAGUCGGAUGAAGAUGACAAAAUCGGUGGAAUGUUCAACGUGAUCGCCAGCAAACAGGCCACUUUGCAUAGUGACAAAGAAUAUCGAGAUGCAUUCGAAUCGUGUUUCUUCGAAGAAUACGGUGCGGACACCAGAGAUUGGAGUAUCGAAGAGAAUAGGGGCCUUAUCAAAGACUGUUUUGUAACGGGUAAAUGGAGAGAAUCGGAAGAUGCACAAGAGUUGCUACGUCUGGACGAUUUGAGUGAUGACGAUAGUGAAAUCUACGGUGAUUUCGAAGACUUGGAAACGGGUGAAAAGCACAAAGGCAAGAAAAGUAUUGCACCCGAAGCCGAUGAUGGUCAUGAUGAGUCUGGCGAUGAAGAGAACAAUACCGCGGAAAAUGAGCAGUCACGCAAACGUAAAAUGACUCGUGUCGAAGAGUCGAAUCUAACGAAAACCGAACUAAUGGCAAAAAAGAUGAAAUUGAAGGCUCAAUUCGAUGCCGACUACGAUAACAAAGAUGAUGGCCGCAUCAAGGGCGACCAUCAAUAUUAUGAAGAAAUGAAAGCAGCGGCCAAUCGUCAAUCAGAGUUGAACAAGAAAGAAUUCGAGAAUCUGGACGACGAUUUACGUCUUCAAAUCGAAGGCUUCCGUUCUGGACUGUACGUUCGUUUAGCAUUCAAAAAUGUUCCCUGCGAAUUUUCCAAAAACUUUGAUGCAACCUAUCCAAUUUUGAUUGGUGGCCUUAAUAUGUCUGAAGAGAAUAUCGGCUAUGUAAAUUGUAAAGUGAAGAAACAUCGUUGGUACAAAAAACUAUUGAAAACCACAGAUCCAUUGAUCUUGUCAUUGGGUUGGCGACGUUUCCAAACGAUGCCGAUAUUUGCCAAAGUCGAAGAUGACAUGAAACAUCGGUAUCUCAAAUACACACCGAACCAUGUAACAUGUAGCAUGACUUUUUACGGGCCAAUCACACCACAAAACACUGGAUUCUUGGCUGUUCAGACCAUUCAACAGAAUACCGAGCAAAUGCGACGGCUCGGUUUUCGCAUUGCUGCCACUGGCUGUGUCACCGAAAUAGACAAAUCCACACAAAUUAUGAAGAAAUUAAAAUUGGUCGGAACACCGUAUAAAAUAUUCAAAAAGUCUGCAUUCAUCAAGGGCAUGUUCAACAGUAAUUUGGAAGUGGCCAAAUUUGAGGGUGCCAAAAUUAAGACCGUAUCUGGUAUACGUGGUCAAAUUAAAAAAGCAAAUCAAACGCCCGAAGGAUCAUUUCGUGCUACAUUCGAAGAUAAGAUUCUAUUGAGCGAUAUUGUCUUCUGUCGGACCUGGUUUAAGGUUGAUGUACCGAAAUUCUAUGCACCCGUGACGAAUAUGCUGUUGCCACCGAGCAAAAAGAACCAAUGGAUUGGAAUGAAAACGACUGGCGAAUUGAAGCGUGAACGAAAUGUCAGAGCCAAACCAAAUUCCGAUAGCUUAUACACGAAAAUUGUUCGUCCACCGAAGCAAUUCUAUCCGUUGCAUAUUCCAAGAGCGUUACAGAAGACACUGCCAUACAAGGAUCGACCGAAAUUGGGUCCAGCCAAUCCAAAGAAGCCUAUCGAUAGUAAUCGUAUUGCAGUGAUUCAUUCACCACACGAGCAACGUGUGGCCAACAUGAUGAAGAUGAUCAAAACCAACUUUGAUGCGAAGAAAGAAAAGACUAAGAAAGAGACCGAAAUACGUGUUAAAAAAUUCAAAGAGGCCAAGGUAGCCGAAGAAAUGCGUCGUCUGAAGCGACAGAAAGAGCUGCGUAAAAAGAUUUGCCGAACGAUUAGCAAAAUGGAGUCGUCGAAAGCAGCGGGCAAAGAUGGAGGUAGUGGUGGCGGCGGCGGCGGAGGAAAACGAAAACACUUCAAAAAAUAAGUCGAAACAAACUGCUGACCCACUUCAUUUAUUUCAUAAGGAAAUCUAGAAGUUGAACAAUAUUACUUUUAAUUAAUGUUGAUGAAAUAAAAUCGAUUUUAUUUUGUAAAUUCUUAUCGAAA